GACAGAGCGCGAGGCCCGGCAUUUACACGGAGCUACUGAUGUAAAUAAUGAACUUUUGUCAGUAAAAUAUGCAUUGUUUGAUAACAUGAAUGAUAACUGAUACAGAGAACACGAAUAAACAUAAAGAAGUACCAAGGAUGGACAAGAGGAAAGGAAAGGGGGGUAACAAUGGACCAACCCCAAAAAAGAAAUCCAGGUUCGAGGAGGAGGAUGACCCGUCCCAGUUUGAAGCGGACCUGGCAAUGAUGGAGGACUUUGAGAAUGACAUGAUGGAUGACGAAGCUGCUGGAGGUUCAGGAGACUGUCGACCAGGACCCGAAAUGAAGGCCCCCAAAAGCAAGUGGGCACGACCUGCUGCCCCUGACCUUGACCCCAAGACUGACACAGUGACCUUUCAGCAGUUGGACGUGGACAACUAUGUGGGGAAGCAUCUGGCCGGCAUGCCCGGGGCCACACAGGGCCCAGUGCCCAUCAUCCGGAUGUACGGGAUAACACAAGCGGGCAACAGUGUCAUGGCCCACAUCCAUGGAUUUGCUCCGUACUUCUACGUCCCAGCACAGCCGGGCUUCAAGGAGAAGGAUUGUGGGACAUUUAAGGAUGCUCUGGAGGCGGCUGUGAAGAAGGACAUGCGGUCGAACCGAGAGGGCGUGGUCCAGGCGGUGCUAGCUGUGGAUUGCGUCAUCCGAGAAAGCAUCUAUGGUUACCAUGGCAACAGAAAGAUUCCCUUUCUGAAGAUUACGGUUGCGCUGCCUCGUCUUAUCGCCCCAUCCCGCCGGCUCCUCGAGCAAGGCUUUGUGUGCCCGGGCUACAGCCAGUAUGGCUUCCAGACCUACGAAAGUAACAUAGACUUCGAGAUCAGGUUUAUGGUUGACGCCCAUGUUGUUGGAUGUAACUGGAUUGAGAUUCCCGCGGGGAAAUAUGUCCUCCGUACCAAGGAUGCUAAAGAUGGCCGACUUCCGCCUAUGUCUCGCUGUCAGGUCGAGUUGGACGUGUCGUGGGAAGAUUUUGUGUCCCAUGCUACAGAGGGGGAGUGGUCAAAGGUCGCCCCUUUCCGGAUCCUCAGCUUCGACAUCGAGUGUGCUGGGCGGAAAGGUGUUUUUCCGGAGGCUGACAAAGACCCUGUGAUACAGAUAGCUAACAUGGUGAAAAGACAGGGGGAACGUGAUCCGUUUGUCCGCAAUGUGUAUACCUUAAACACGUGUGCGCCAGUUGUGGGGUCAGAGGUCUUGUCCUUCAAGACCGAGAAAGAAAUGUUGGAGAAAUGGGCAGCAUUUGUCCGAGAUAUAGACCCUGACUUGAUCACCGGCUACAACAUACAGAACUUUGACUUCCCGUACCUGAUCAACCGGGCUGCCCACCUGAAGGUGCGCGACUUCACGUACCUGGGCCGCAUCAAGGACAUCCCCUCUGUCAUUAAGGAGUCCAUGUUCCAGAGCAAACAGAUGGGGAAGAGGGAGAACAAGGUCAUCAACAUUGAAGGCAGGACGCAGUUCGACCUGCUGCAGAUAUUGCUGAGAGACUACAAACUGCGGUCAUACACCUUGAACGCCGUCUCCUUUCACUUCCUGCAGGAACAGAAGGAAGAUGUCCAACAUUCCAUCAUCACAGAUCUCCAGAAUGGUAACGAGCAGACAAGGCGUCGGUUGGCUGUGUAUUGCCUGAAGGACGCCAUCUUGCCGCUCCGACUCCUGGACAAGUUGAUGUGUGUCAUCAACUACAUGGAGAUGGCCCGAGUCACCGGCGUGCCCCUCCCCUUUCUGCUCUCCCGAGGUCAACAAAUCAAGGUCAUGUCACAGCUGCUACGGAAGGCAAAGGAACAGGACCUAGUCAUACCCUCGCAGAAAGUAGACACAGGGGACGAGUACGAGGGUGCCACGGUCAUCGAACCGGAGAAAGGGUAUUAUGAUGCUCCCAUAGCCACACUGGAUUUCUCCUCGCUGUACCCGUCAAUCAUGAUGGCACACAACCUCUGCUACACCUCCCUCCUCAACCCAUCGGUCAUCCAGAAGGAAGGGUUGACGGCAGAGCAGUACAUCAAGACACCCAGCGGGAACCUGUUCUGCAAGUCCACAGUCAGGAAGGGUCUGCUGCCAGAAAUCUUGGAGCAUUUGCUCUCUGCCAGGAAGAAAGCUAAGGCUGAUCUGAAGAAGGAGACUGACCCGUUCAAGAAGGGGGUGUUGGAUGGCCGUCAGCUCGCACUGAAGAUCAGUGCUAACUCCGUGUAUGGAUUCACAGGUGCUCAAGUCGGCAAGCUGCCUUGUCUGGAGAUAUCUCAGAGUGUGACGGCCUUUGGUCGUAUGAUGAUUGAACAGACCAAGCAGUAUGUGGAGGAGAGAUACACCAUCGCCAAUGGAUACAAGCAUGAUGCUAAGGUUAUCUAUGGUGACACAGAUUCUGUGAUGUGCAAGUUCGGUGUGGAGACGGUUGCCGAGGCAAUGGAGCUCGGGAAGGAAGCAGCAGAGGUCAUCUCUCUCAAGUUUGUCAGCCCCAUCAAACUAGAGUUCGAGAAGGUAUACUUCCCCUAUCUUCUGAUCAACAAGAAGCGGUACGCUGGCCUGUACUGGACGAACCCAGACAAACAUGACAAGAUGGACUGCAAGGGUAUCGAGACGGUGCGGCGAGACAACAGCCCCCUGGUGGCCAACCUCAUCAACAUGUGCCUGCAGCUGCUGCUGAUUGAUAGAGAUCCAGAUGGCGCUGUGCAACACGUGAAGCAGACUAUCUCAGACCUCCUGUGUAAUCGUGUGGACAUCUCGCAACUUGUCAUCACCAAGGAGUUGACCAAGACUGAUGACGACUACGCAGGGAAGCAGGCACACGUGGAACUAGCGAACAAGAUGAAGAAGCGAGACGCAGGCAAUGCGCCCAAGCUGGGAGACCGAGUGCCGUAUGUCAUCAUCGCCGCAGCUAAGGGCACAGCAGCAUAUAUGAAGUCAGAGGAUCCAAUAUACGUCCUGGAAAACAACAUCCCAAUUGACACACAGUACUACCUGGAGAAUCAGCUGUCUAAACCACUGCUAAGGAUCUUCGAGCCCAUCCUGGGGGAAAAGAAAGCCGAGUCCGUCCUGCUCAAGGGUGACCACACCCGAACGAAGACUGUGGUAGCAUCCAAGGUGGGCGGACUGGCUGCCUUCACCAAGAAGAAGAGUACAUGCAUCGGCUGUAAGACACCUCUCAGUGUGGAAGGUGUGUCUGUGUGCAAGCACUGCAAGAGUCAGGAGUCGGCACUCUACCAGAAGGAGAUCCUGCAGUUGCAAGUUCUGGAGGAGAAGUUCUCCCGACUUUGGACCCAGUGCCAGAGGUGUCAGGGAAGUUUACAUGAGGAUAUCCUGUGUACAAGUCGAGAUUGCCCCAUAUUCUACAUGAGGAAGAAGGUUCAGAAAGACCUGGCUGAUCAGGACAAACUCAUCAUGAGAUUUGGGGUGCCGACUUGGUAGUGGCCAUGCUGCAGGACUGGUGUUGUGAGAGUGGCCUGUGUGCAGGUCAUCAUGUGUUUGUGACCUGCACAGAGGCAGCAAUGUGCUAUUGACCUGCUGCAUAGAGGCAGCGAUGUGCUAUUGACCUGCACAGAGGCAGCGAUGUUCUAUUGACCUGCGCAGAGGCAGCGAUGUGCUAUUGACCUGCAUAGAGGCAGCGUUGUGCUAUUGACCUGCUGCAUAGAGGCAGCGAUGUGCUAUUGACCUGCACAGAGGCAGCGAUGUGCUAUUGACCUGCACAGAGGCAGCGAUGUGCUAUUGACCUGCACAGAGGCAGCGAUGUGCUAUUGACCUGCACGGAGGCAGCGUUGUGCCAUUGACCUGUAUUCAGGUGUCAAUGUGUUUCAAGUGUUUCAAGCAAGAAGUCAAAUGACAAUUCCGUGUAUAGAGUACCUACCCACUAUUCAGUAGAUUCUGUUUGGCUGCACUAGAUCUCUGUCUCAAACACAUUGCAAGACAGAAAAUGUGAGACAGUUUAUGUGUACAUUUCGGGACUGUCGACUCUUUUAUAAAGUGCCUUGUUUAUGUCAAAAUAUCGAUGAAUAAUGUGAAAAUAAAUUUCAGUGAGAAUUUUCAUUUUUGAGGAAACUCGACCAAUUUAAUAAAUAAUUUCAUUUGGGGGAAUGUAUUUCAUGCAGCUGUCAUACUUGCCCUUUUGGUAAAUUUUGGUUCAGCCAAAUAUUUGAAUCUGAUUACAACACCACUAUCAAUGUUCCAUCCAUUGCCUUGUUUGUGGUUCUGCUGUAGCCUCAGUUUCAUCUGUAUCGUAAGUUAAUGGAUGCAUCCUAGUGCUGAGAGAUUGUUUUGCUAUGACAUGUUCUGCCUGUGAGAGUCUGUGUGGUGAUUUCAGGCAAUGUAUGCAAGAAUUGGUUUUGCAAUGAACUCAAUUUGCUCAGAUGGAAAUUAUAUUGUUUGCAAUCUGAAUUGUUUGACAACAAUGAAUUGUGAAUACUGAAAUUGCUGUACAUAACAUACCACUGUACAUAUUUCAUCAAUAAACAUGCAAGCAAGA